CCCUGCAACUAAAACAGUAAAACCUCUUAAAAUUUGAAGCUCCCAUUUGAUUCCUAACCGUCCGUUAAAGAUGGCAUCAUCAUCAACUACCUCCACCGCCGUCUCCCUCCUCUGCUCCGCAACCUCUUCCUCCAGAUUUCCAUUCAGUACAACUCUUCCCGCCAAAUCCUCAUCAACGCUCUAUUUUCGCGCCAACUCUCUCCCCGCCACCCAUGCAGCUUCUUCUUCUUCUUCAGUAUUCGUAUUCAAUUUUACAGGUAAAGAUGAGAUUUUGGGGAGAAGAGGACUGGUGUUCACACUCACAGCCACACUGCCACUGCUUCUUCCUUUCUCGGAAUCCAUGGAGGCCUUCACAGCCAAGGCGGUGGAGCCAGAUACAAGUAUAUAUGAGGUUAUGAAGGAAGAGAUUAGGAAAGUUGUGUCUAAGGGCAAAGCUGCUGGUGUGCUUCGUUUUGUAUUUCAUGAUGCAGGGACCUUUCAAUUGGAUGACAAUUCGGGUGGGAUGAAUGGUUCAGUCAUAUAUGAACUCGAUAGACCCGAAAAUAAAGGUCUUAAAACUCCUUUUAAGAUUUUAGAGAUAGCAAAGACUGAGGUGGAUGCAGUACAACCAGUAUCGUGGGCAGACAUGAUUGCUGUGGCUGGAGCUGAAGCAGUUUCGGUAUGUGGAGGUCCGACUAUCCCAGUUGCAUUGGGCAGACUAGACUCAAAGGAGCCUGAUCCUGAAGGAAAACUUCCUGAAGAAACUCUUGAUGCAUAUGGUCUAAAGCAAAGCUUUCGAGCAAAAGGCUUAUCAACUCAAGAACUUGUUGCUCUGUCAGGUGCCCAUACUCUGGGAAAUAAAGGUUUUGGAAGCCCGACUGUUUUUGACAAUUCAUACUUCAAAGUUCUUCUUGAGGAAUCUGUGUCCUCAGGUAGUAUGUCAAGCAUGACUGGACUUCCUUCAGAUCGCGCACUUCCCAAGGAUGAUGAAUGCUUAAGAUGGAUAAAAAAGUAUGCUGACAAUGAGAACAGUUUCUUUGAAGAUUUUCAAAAUGCUUACAUCAAGUUGGUCAAUUCAGGAGCAAGGUGGAAGAGCUUGUGAAUAUUUGCAGCAGCAGAUCAUGUUUUUGAUUGGGCCUGCAGCCUGCUCCAUGCAGAAAUGAAAACAGUAAAGAGUUGAAGAAGUAUACCAAAUGCGCAACCAUAGCCUCCUAUAAACAGUUCAAAGUGAAAGCAGGCUCAGGGUUGGUUGGGCUUGAGGUAGACUGGACACUUGAAUAGGUACGUGCCCAAAGUUAGGUAAAUCCUCAAUAUAGAUGAUUAGCUGCGAACAUUAAUCAUAUGUUUAGCGGAAAGAGUGGAAGGUCUGAUGACCCAGACAAGACUUUAUCUUAUAUAAUCAUUAUUAUCCAUCAAAUGAUUCAGGUUCUUAUGCGUAA